AUGGCCUACAUUUUAACUGUCACACCUCUGCUCGCCAUUCCCUGGAAGAUUUUAAUGGGAUACAUUGCUGACCCGUGCAUUAAAUCGCCGGAGAAGUGUUUCCUUUCGUGCCCAAUGGAUUCAACCGAAUUCAGCGAAAUCGAUAUAAGCAACAUUUUUCAGAACACAUCCACUAUUUGCCACACCCUCUGGAAUGGCACGUCUGGCUGCCACAGCAGCACCUGUCAGUUCGAGUGCCCUUGCACAGCAGGUUCGACAGAUCAACGAGUUGUGUGGUUCUAUGCCGUGUUUCAUGCGCUGGGGUCGUUGUGUUCGGGGGCUCUGGGUGUUAUCUCUGACGCCGGCGUUUCUGAGAUACUGGGUGAAGAUGUGAGGGACUUCGGAUGGCAGCGAACGGGAGGGGCUAUCGGCAUGGGAGCCGCUGGUCCUAUCGUGGGAGCCAUGAUCGAUGAAGCCAACCGAUGGACUGGAGGACGAUCAGGUUACCUUCCAAGCUAUUUCGUCUAUGCACUAGUCAUUAUUAUGGACAGUGUCCUUCUCUGUUGCAUGCCCACUCUUCGGAUGCCCAAGCUAUCGGUCAACUUUUUCAAGGACAUCUUUGUGGUGUUCACCAAUGUGGAACUGGCCGUAUUCGCCUUCUGGACAUUCGCCCUCGGAGCCUUUUUUUCAAUCUCCAUAUCGUACAACACGUGGUUCUUGGAGGACAUAGGAGCGUCUAAACUGAUAAUCGGAUUAAUAUCCGCAGUCAGUUGCGUGUGCGUAGAACUACCCUUCUAUUCUGCGUCAGGUUGGAUUCUGAAAAAAACUCGCUAUUAUCCCUCGUAUAUAUUUACGUUCUUGACCUUCGGUGUGAGGUACAUUGGAUGUGCCUUUCUCUACAACCCGUGGUUCGCGCUGCUCGUCGAACCCGUCACCGGGGCUGCACUUCCGCUCACGGUACCCGCCAUGACUGUGUUCGCUAAAGAGGUGGCGCCGGAAGGUACCGCGGCGUCCGUUUUGUGCGUCCUCAACGUUUGCUUCGAAGCCAUCGAGAAGCCAAUGGCCAAGUGCAUAAACAAAAACCUUGCUCAGGAUUGUGUUAUCAAGAUGGUUGUUUAA